UACAAGAAUCAUGUAUUGAUUUAGUUGGUCGUAUCGCCGAUCGAGGAGCGGAAUUUGUUAGUGCACGUGAAUGGAUGCGUAUAUGUUUCGAAUUAUUGGAUAUGCUUAAAGCUCAUAAAAAAGGUAUUCGACGAGCCACCGUAAAUACAUUUGGUUAUAUAGCCAAAGCCAUCGGACCUCAGGAUGUAUUGGCUACCCUACUUAAUAAUUUGAAAGUACAAGAACGUCAAAAUCGAGUUUGUACCACCGUGGCAAUAGCCAUUGUUGCAGAAACCUGCGCACCGUUCACUGUUUUACCUGCUUUAAUGAAUGAAUAUCGAGUACCGGAAUUGAAUGUUCAAAAUGGUGUAUUGAAGUCUCUUUCAUUCUUAUUUGAAUAUAUCGGAGAAAUGGGAAAAGAUUACAUUUAUGCCGUAACACCAUUAUUGGAAGAUGCAUUGAUGGAUCGUGAUUUGGUUCAUAGACAAACAGCUUGUACUACAGUAAAACACAUGUCACUUGGUGUUUUUGGACUUGGUUGUGAAGAUGCACUUUUGCAUUUAUUAAAUUAUGUUUGGCCAAAUAUUUUCGAAACUUCACCUCAUGUUAUAAAUGCCGUGAUGGAAGCGAUUGAAGGUUUAAGAGUUGCUAUUGGACCUGCCACAGUUUUACAAUAUACUUUACAG